UAUUCACGGCAUUCCUUUAUCUAUACCAAUAUAUUUGAGCAAUCUACAUGACAACUCAAGCUAAAUAAUGCGAAGAAAAACUUUUAAAUGUGUUAAAUCGUAAACAAGGAAGACUGAUAAACCGUGAGAGAAGAGUUGAGUUUGAGGUCACUUCAGGAAUCAGAAUGAGACCAGGCGUGGAAACUGAUCCUGUGUCAGUACCACUAGAGAUGGGAGAAAAUGGUCUGACGCAGAUCUUAGCCCAUGUCAUUGCUGAGGUGAAAGGUUCCAUAAAUAAAGAUAUAAACGGGGUUGAACUGUUGCACAGUCUUCUCAAUGCCCCCUGGCUCCAUUCCCUACUAAAGGUGUAUGAAUGUCUACAGCAACACCUCGAACAUUCUCCUAGACCGUAUCUCUCCUAUUCUUCUGGACUAUCUUUGCAGAUUCUGUCUGAUCUGCUGGCAAUCCCAAAUCCUUCCAAUGAAGCUCGAGAACUCUAUGGCCUCCUCAGUCAGCCUCACAUACAGGCUCUUCUCUCUGCUCAUGACACGGUCAGUCUAAGAGACUACGAACCAGGACUGCCUCCACUGCCUAAAGACCUGCCUGAAGAUGAGGAAGCCAUGAGGAUUGUUUGCCUGGUCAAAAACAAUCAGCCUUUGGGAGCGACAAUUAGAAGAGAUGAUACCACGGGGGAAAUAUACAUCGCCCGAAUUAUACAUGGAGGACUGGCUGACCGCAGUGGUCUCUUACAUGCUGGAGACAGGCUGGUGGAGGUAAACGGUCACCCCGUUUUCGGGCUGGAGCCAGAACAGAUCAUACAAAUUCUGGCCCAUUCUCAAGGAACCAUAGUGUUCAAGUUAGUUCCCAUCACCGACAGAUCAGUCAACAACCAAACCAUGCUCUAUGUGCGAGCCAUGGUGGACUACAACCCCCAGAUGGACCCUUCCAUUCCCUGUGCGGAUGCCGGAGUGGCCUUCAGGAAGGGAGAUAUCCUUGAGAUUGUGGACCAAUCAGAUGACCUCUGGUGGCAGGCCAUCAAACUGCCCAGCAUCUCUGCCUGCGCUAGCCUCAUUCCUUCCACAAGCUUGCUCAAAAGAAAGCAGAAAGAGUCGUGGUGGUCUCAGCCUUAUCAAACACACACCUGCUUUAAAACCUUAAGCACAGUGGAUGAGGGUGAGCAUAUAACAAUAAUCUUAAAUAUACAAGCUUAUCCUUUUAUCCACUUUUGUCUGAACUCUAUAUCUGUUUUUUUAGAAGAAGACCUAAUUGCUAUAGAUGACAAAUGUGUAGAAGCAGAUGAGGAAGCAUUUGAAUCUGAAGAGAGUGAAUUCAGCACCAAUGUUAAUGGGAUUUAUCUUACUGGUUUUCGCCGAAGUCUGCGUCUCUGUCGCCGACGAAGGAGUCAGGCAUUUGGAGCUUCUCAGUUCUGCUCACUUCGCUGCCCCGCCAGCUGCUACAGUUCCCUGGCCAACCCAUAUGAAGAGGUGGUGCGAUACCAGCAUCAUCCAGAACACACACAUCGCUUAAUAGCGCUCAUGGGGCCAUCUGGGGUCGGCGUGAAUGAACUGCGCAGGAGACUAAUCGAGAUCAAUCCAAAGGUUUACCAAGGAGCUGUUCCUCAUACCACACGACCUCCCAAAUCCUAUGAGGAAUCUGGGAGAGAAUAUCACUUUGUCAGCAAAGAGCAGUUUGACAACAUGGUCUGCAGUCACAGGUUUAUUGAGUUUGGGGAGUUCAAGAGUCAUCUCUACGGUACUAGUAUAGAUGCAGUCAAAGAAGUUUUGGCCAGUGGAAAAAUCUGUGUGAUUGACAUUGAACCAUAUGCAUUAGAGUCAGUAAGGACCCCAGAGCUGAGGGCGUAUGUCAUCUUUAUAAAGCCCCCAUCUAUUGAGCAGAUGAAACAGACGCGAACAAACUCUCAUAUUAUCACAAAUUACUACAUCAGCCGACCAUUUAAGGAUGAAGACUUUCAGGAAAUAGAGGAUGCCGGACACAAAAUGGAGCAGCAAUACUGUCAGUUCUUUGAUCAUGUUAUAGUAAAUGAGGGCCUGCAGGCCGCAUGCGUGCAGCUGCUAACCGCAGUGAGGAGAGCCCAGGAUGAGCCGCAGUGGGUACCAGCUGCAUGGAUCAGACCAACAGAGCAGUCUUAAAAAAGAGAAGUCAAAGUGAAGAAGGGACUCGUUUCUUUCUUUUUCACCUUACAUUAUGAGAAUAUUGUUUGUUUUUUCUGUUUAAAUCUAAAUAAAUUAUUGUCGGAGCCGAUGGUGUAGUGGACGGUACUCCGUCACAUGGUGCAGACGCACUUCUGGCGACCCGAGUGCGAAUCCUGGCUCAAGGUCCUUUGCCAAUUCCAUACCCCUCUCUUCACCCUAUACUUUCCUGUCAUCUCCUUAAUUACUGUCUAUCUAAUAAAGGCAAAAAGCCCCCCCCCAAAAAAAUAUAUAUAUAAAUAAAUUAUAUACAUAAUAUACAUCAAAACAUACACUGCAAAAAAAUGACUUUCUUACUUAGUAUUUUUGUCUUGUUUUUAGUAGAAAUAUCAAAAAAUUCUUAAAUUCAGAAGCUUUUUCUUGAUGAACAAAACAACCUCAGAAACUAAGUCUAGU